AUGUGGUUAAGAGAUGUAGAAAAGAUAACUCCAAAAGUUUCUUCUGACGAUAAUGAAAUUCAGCCGAUUGAUAGUGAAAAGGAGUAUAAGCAAUAUCAAAGUGAGGAAGAUAAAGAAUUACGUGAACGAUACAAAAAAUAUUCUCAACAAAAAGAAAAAAUUGACCUUAUUCCCUUGGAUGAAUUGAAAAUCCUUGGUGCAGUUCGUUCAUCAACAAAAGAAGAAAUUAUUGAUCGCGGUAUAGUCGUUUUAAAAAUUUUAAAUCGAACUUGGAUUGCAUUUACUGCUCCAACAAUAGUAAAGAAAUUUUUACCAAAUAAUAAUGAAGGAAAUUCAGAUAAUGAGUUAUUUACAAUUGAAAAGGGACUUAUUCCUUUGUAUAUCGAAUUAGAUGAACUUAAAAAAGACACUAAAGAGUUUUAUGAUAAUUAUCAAAAAUCAGUUGAAAUUCUUAAAUCUGUUGAUGUUUCUUUUGUGGAAGAAGAAAAGUUAAAAAAGUUGCUUGAAAAUUUGAGAGAUAAGGCAAACAAGUUUAUAGAAAAGGACGUGAGGGGCAAUUUAAGAGAACUUGCUUUGUUAGAUUAUGAUAGUUAUAGACAAAAAUUUGUUGAAGAUAAUUAUUCAAGAGCAAUAAGUCAAUAUAAACAAGGUAUUGCUGGCAAAAAGUUAGAAAAGAAGAUAGAAGAUAAUAUGUUGAGGUUUGAAGUAGGUCGGUCUUUCUGUAGACUUGCUUCGUUGGAUGAUAUUUCUGAUGCUCCAAAAGAAUUGAAAGAUACCUGUGCUAACUUUUUAGAAAAAAUUAAUGAGUUGAAUUCUGAGGAAUUUUUUAUCUCUUCAAAAGAGAAAGAAAGCCAAACCAAAGAAGGAUUAGAUAAUCAAGAAACUGAGGAAAGGUUGUUGGUAGAUAAAUACUAUAAAGAAAAACAAACUCUGCAAAACCAACUAACUGAAAUACUUACCGGAGUUCCCCAAGAGGACGCGGAAAAACAAACUCAACUGGAAGCUAAAAUCCAACAACAAAAUCAAGAACAACAAGCCCUCCAAAUCCAACCGGCUUAUGGAACACCAGGUUCUAGCAAUAAAUAG